UAUACAAAAAUUAUUUGUAAAAAGUGAUUUUUGAAAGUGCUUUUGUUUUAAAUAAAUAUACACUAGCCAUUGUAACUAUUUUCUAAAUAGUUCAAAAGAAAAUUGUGGAAAUUGCUGUGAAAAUUAAAGUUUCUAACAACGAACAAGUAGUGAAAACUUAGAAAUAAAUGCGUAUUAACACGCUUAAGUGCUUCACUUGCUACUUGCGCGCACGCACACAUACAUAAGUAAAUACAUACAUACAAAUGCGUUUACAAAAGUACAUACAUACAUACAUAUUUACUUGUUAGUUUCUGUUUGCGCCCACUUAGUAAUUUCCCCCGUUUGAAUGCACUUCCAGACGCCACAAAUACUAGCUACCAGUAGGUACUUUGCCGCGAACGCCAGGAAUAGAAAGUAAAUAUUUACGCACAUGGGCAGCUUGGAAAUAGUGCAAUGACGAUAUUUUCACUGAACAGAGUGAAAAGUUCAACUUAAAAAAUACCAGUCAAGUAUAAUAUGUACUAAAAUAGUAUAAAUAAAAUAAAAUAAAAAAAUUAAAACAUACAACGCUCUCUAAAAGGCCAAGAGCAGACAAAGUAAUAACAAAAAAGUUGGCCAUUGGAUUCAUCUAUGCAGACACGGCGAGUUGUCUUAUAUAAAUUGCUUUGAAAAAAAAAAAAAACAAAUUUAAUAAAAAUAAACCCGUAAUAAAAAGAAAACAUUAAAUACAUAAUAACAACUAAAAGCAGUAAAAGCAAUACUUCUCAGCAGUAUAGAGAAUUGGAGACCAAAAGCAAAACAAUAUAAACGACACCAGCAGCGAAAAUAGUGCCAAAAAAGUAUAAAGCAGCGGAAAAGACAGCAACAAAGUGCUGCACCAACGACAACAACAACACUGAAAUUCAUAAUUCAGGCGAAGUAAAUAUUUAAAAAGACAACAAAAUAUAGUGACUACACAAGAAAUAACUAAGGAAAACCACACAACAAAGUUCCGGGAGACGUGGAGAAACCAUCAGAGUGAGAAAACUUCCAACAGGCAGCCUGCAAAGCCGCCCAUUCCGAUCCACUAAACCGAGCCAUCCACUUAGUCACCAUUCAAAACGAGGUCAACCGGCCAAAGUGGCUUUCUGCCCAACAAACCCACCCACCAAACGUUUAAGUGACUAACCAUUGCAUCGUCAAGCCAAUCAACUCGAAAAAUUUUGCGGUGGAAAUAUAAACAGCUGCACUGGCGCACUACAAUAGACAACAACACUUCAAUAACACCAGCAGCCACAACAACGCUUCCAUUUACGUUGCCGGCGGUAGCGUUGUUUGUGCUGGUUCGGCUGGAGUACCCAUUAUUAUGGAGGGCCCCGAGGUGACGUUCCUCUUUCAAUUUGGCAGUUUACGUGAUGCUGUAUCGGUAGCGGCCAGUAGUUUAACAUUGAAAACGCUCAAGGAUUUAGCCUGUGAAUUCAUUAACACAAAGAUACCCGACAGCGGCUUAACACAUCUACCAGAACGUAUAUUAAUCUUUCGCCAUGACUACAACAGUCCAAAUGUGUUGCACAUCAUCAACUCAGCUGCAGAAGUGGUCGAUGAGACGUUGGUGGAGAUUGUAUUGACUGCCAGCCCCAUCCUGUAUCCCACAUCGGAAAUGCCAACUUUGAAGCCGCAUACGCUCAAUGUACAUUCGUACAAAGCACCAACAUUUUGUGAUUUCUGUGGUGAAAUGCUGUUCGGUUUGGUGCGACAAGGACUCAAAUGUGAUGGUUGCGGUCAAAAUUAUCAUAAACGUUGUGUUGUGAAAAUACCAAACAAUUGCAGUCGCCCGAAUGAUACUAGCUCGAGACGUUCGUCGGCUCUACAACCGCCACGUAGUCCCUCAGGUGGUUCAACGCAAUCGUUGGUCUCGAAUGAAGAUCCGGCGCGAAGUGACGGCGGUAGCUCAUUGAGUGUCCCCCACUAUCGCAGUCACAGCCGUUCGCCUUCUUCGAGUAGCCGCAACGGCACGCAGAGCAGCAAUCAUUGCCUCACCGCCAAUAUUUCUAUGUACACACCAACUCUCGCUUACGCCGAAAAAAUACGCAUUCCACACACCUUCAUGGUGCAUACCUAUGGUAUCCCAACCGUAUGCCAAUAUUGCAAAAAACUACUGAAAGGUCUGUUCAAGCAGGGCCUCCAAUGCAAAGAUUGCCAAUAUAAUGCGCAUAAGAAGUGCUUAGAUAAAGUGCCACACGACUGUACCGGCGAGCGGCAGCUGCAUGCCAACGACUUUGCCGAUAACACGCCCACGCAUGCGCAUACACCGAAAGCGGGCGACAACUUUUUUCGCGAGGAGUUCGAUGAUAGCGAUUUCGAAGACAAUCCCUCGCCAAGUGGUGGUGGUUACACAGGUAACUUGACGCAUAAGUAUGGAACCGCAGCUGGAGCAAAAUCUGUGCGUGCCGGUAUACCUAAGACGACAACGAAUGCACACAAUUCGCCACCAGAGCUGGUCAAUGGGCUGGUGAGUCCUGGCGAUGGACGUGUUGGAGGAUAUGCGGAUGGACGUAGCGCCGGCGAGGGGCAGUCAAUUGAUGGACAAUCGGAGCAAUCGAGCUCUUCUUCAUCGCCCAGUGCCAAUAUACCGUUAAUGCGUAUCGUACAAUCAGUGAAGCACACGAAGAAGCGUGGCGGCCAAGCGAUCAAAGAGGGAUGGCUGGUACAUUAUACCAGUCUAGAUAAAACAGUAAAGCGCUAUUAUUGGCGCUUAGAUUCGAAGACGCUUACGUUGACGCUCUUUCUCUCCGAACAAGGUAGCAAGUAUCACAAGGAUAUACCACUAUCGGAAAUACAAGGUAUAGAUGCGAAUCGUGAUUUUCGUGUAGACAACAAUUAUUGCUUCGAACUUAAGACGGCCACCAUAAGCUACUAUGUAGGCCAGGAUCCAUUAGUGGGUGUACGUGAAGAGCAGCCAGUAAGACUGCCGCCACCAGACAGCGGUAUUGGCUCGGAUAUCGCUAAAGGCUGGGAGACAAUCAUCAAACAGGCCUAUAUGCAUGUCACAAACACGCAAUGCUGUGAAUCAGAAGAAAACGUACAGGAUAUGGGUCAGCUUUAUCAGAUCUUCCCCGAUGAAGUGCUUGGUUCUGGACAAUUUGGUGUUGUCUAUGGAGGUGUACACAAGAAAACCAAACGUGAAGUGGCCAUUAAAGUUAUUGAUAAGUUGAGGUUUCCGACUAAACAGGAGGCACAACUCAAAAAUGAAGUUGCCAUAUUGCAGAACAUUUCUCAUUGCGGUGUUGUGAAUUUAGAGCGCAUGUUCGAAACGCCAGAACGCAUAUUCGUUGUGAUGGAGAAGCUUAAAGGUGAUAUGUUAGAGAUGAUACUCUCGCACGAACGUGGACGUCUUAGCGAAAGAGUAACGAAAUUCCUAAUUACACAAAUACUCAUAGCGCUAAAACAUUUGCAUAGCAAAAAUAUUGUCCAUUGUGAUUUGAAGCCGGAAAAUGUAUUGCUCUCAUCCGAUAACGAAUUUCCACAAGUUAAACUAUGUGAUUUUGGUUAUGCUAGAAUCAUCGGUGAGAAGUCUUUUAGGCGGUCGGUUGUGGGAACACCAGCAUACUUGGCUCCUGAGGUGCUCCGCAACAAAGGCUACAACCGUUCACUGGAUAUGUGGAGUGUUGGUGUUAUUAUUUAUGUCAGCCUCAGCGGCACGUUCCCCUUCAAUGAAGAGGAGGACAUAAAUGAUCAGAUACAAAAUGCCGCUUUUAUGUAUCCGCCAAAUCCAUGGAAGGAGAUCUCCUCUAAUGCCAUCGACCUCAUCAACAAUUUGCUGCAAGUGAAACAGCGUAAACGCUAUACUGUCGAUAAAAGUCUACAACAUUAUUGGCUACAAGAUAAACAAACUUAUAGAGAUUUGCGCAAUUUAGAGGGUCAGGUGGGCACACGUUAUUUAACGCACGAAGCGGACGAUAUACGAUGGGCUAGUAGCGGUGACAUGUGACCUGGUGGCGGAGAGAACAAUACCAAUAUACGAGAAGAAGUCAGGGAAGAAGAUGAUAAAUUGCAAAAAAAAGAACACGAGCAACUGCAACAACAACAAAUAUCACAAAUGUCAACCAACGAAACACGGCGUACAAAUCACCGCCAAAAAUUAUCCAUACAAGAACCAACGCAGCAACAUCAGCACAUCGAUGCGGAAGCUUGUGGUUGUCGCAGUUUACCCGGUACACCGAAAGUAGAAGCUAUUGGCGAUAAGGCCAUAAAAUGGAUGCGUGGCCAUUUAUGUCGAAAUGUGAAAUGAGUUUUAAAUUAAAUAAAAAGCAAACUCCAAAUUAUAGAAUAAUAAUAGUAAGACAAACCUUAAGGUUAGCUCAAACAGAGCUUUGGUCAAAAUUUCUGAACAUUUAAGGGCGAGUUUUUCAGUGCAUGGUCAAAUCGGACCGUGGCUUAAACUAAGUUUAAAUGCUGGAGUUAGCUGGUUUAAACCAAAAUUUGAUUGUCAGCCAGCUAUUAAAUACAUACACAUAAACGCAGUUUACGAGUAUGUGAUCUAGGUUGAAACGUGCUCUGAAAAACUGGCCAAAGUUAUAUAAGUACUUCUAUUACAUAUAUAUAAAACGUACUACAUAAUAAUGUAAAAACUUAUGUUUAUAUGUACAGUCAUGUGCAGAAUAUUAAGACCGUCAAAUAAAAUUUUGGUGGUUAAGUUUAAGCUUUUAGAACUUACAUAUAUACUACUUACAUAUGUAUGCAAUAUGCAUUUCGAUUAAAAUGUGUAUCAUAUAAUACUUAAGCUCGUUUUAUUGAUUUAGCGUAAUUUUUAUUGUUGAACUUUUAAGUUUUCCGUUAAGCGCAACAUCGGGUUAGUGAGCCAAUAAAAGACAAAAAAAUGAUGCUCUGCGAGAAUCACAUUAUAAACAAUUUUAGUUUAAGUUUAUUUUUUUCACAAUUUCGGAUUAAAUAAGUGGUCAAUAUUUGCAGAACUUUCUGAUGGUCUUAAUAUUUUACACAUAACAGUAUAUCUACAUACAUUCGUGCAUAGAUAGCUUAAACGCACCUCAGUGCCCCCAAUAGAGUAAAGUUAGUCUCUUCAAAAAACAAAAAAAA